GACUUUGUUCGAGACGACGUUCACCCUAUGUUCCAGCUAGGGCGAACGUUUACUCGGCGUCUUAUCCGUCUCAUACUGGACGAACUCGCCGCAGUCGUUCCCGAGCAUCCCUUUUUCUCAUUUCCCAAGACACAGCCCCCACGAGAUGGAUUUACAGAUGUUUCGGCAAAAUGCUUCGCAAAUGCCAUUAAUAGGACAGCAUGAUGGCUAAUAGAUAACCUUGAUAAGCCUUCCAAU